AUGUAUCACUCAAAGAAAAAGAAAGACGGACUUCUAAGCUACCAAGACGAUGCAUGCCAUGUGUAUGGCUUCGAAGUGGAAAAACUACUUCAAGACAAUCACCCGAUCAAAGUUUUUCAAGUCAGAUCCAAACAAGACCACAACGUGAAGAAAGUCAUUAAAACUUAUUUCAAAGACAAUACUGAUGUUGACCAAAUAACCACAAGGCAAUUCAUGGCAGAAAUUUCAGUACUCACCAAGAUCCACCAUCCUUAUGUUAUGGGAAUGGAUACCAUGGGUAUCUUUCCUGGUUACUUCGCUUACGUGAUGCCGUUGUACGAAACAGGAACUCUGACCGAGGCGCUGCCGACAAUGAAUCAGGACAAGAGUGAUGAGUACCUUGUGCAGCUGUGUGCUGGACUUAAAUUUCUCCAUAGACAUAAAAUUGCUCACAGAGACGUGAAAACGGACAACGUUUUGAUCACAGCAAAGGAAAAGAGGGUGGUCAUUGCUGAUUUCGGUUUGUCGGAUAUCUUGCCCACUAUUGAUACGCCAGUGAGCACCAUAAAAGGAACCCAUAUGCACAUUUCUCCAGAACAGUUUACCCAGAAAGAAUUUAACGCUUUUAAAUGUGAUAUGUAUGCACUAGGAGUAGUCUACUGGUGUAUGGUUUUCAAAGUCAAUGUCUUUGAUUUAAAGAGCAGCGAUCAAAUGCAGGAAUCAGUCAAUACUUUGUGUGAUACUAGUAUAGACUGGCUAGUUUUGACCAAUGUUUUGGACCCGAGCCCUGUCGACAGGUUAACCUGUUACAAUCUCCUCUGCGUACUGGAGCAGCCUGAAUAUCGUUUUACAGACAGAAUAGCCAGUCUUAGAGGUAACGGAACAAAUAUUCCAUCAAACAACGCUUUAUAUGAUCGUCAAGGUCAAUUCCUUUUGUCUACACGAAGGACUGUUCUCUUUGCUUCAAGCAACAUGUGA